AUUUCAUUGGGUGUUCUCCCCCCUCUGCUUCCACCACCGGAGCAGUUCCACUUUUGAGACAAGUAGCGUAAAGAAAACCGAACUCUCUUCAAGACCACGUUUGUUUUUUGUGGUAGUACAGACACUGUGAGCCGUCCUGGGGCUCGCGUGUUCCAUGCACGGUGUGCGCGCAAAUCGGCGCUGUCGCGUGCCCCUUCGUGACGUCAUCAAGCAAUAACGGUGAUGAAUCCACCUUCAGCAGCGAGUCUGACUUCUUUUACCAUCUUUAUUGUGGGGCAGGCGCAUUCCGUUAACAGUCUGACAAUGGCGACACACGUUUUGGAUCAAACACCAACUAUCCACAGCCGGACCAAUGUGGCUGUGGCAACAUUCCGGGCCUCUACCGCAACCACACCGACCGAGGAAGGACAAAAACGACGGCAAGCCGGUGUUCUUCUGAAGAAGUCGAAAAGAAACAGCCCACCCAAGAAGACAACCGUGGCGUUACGUCGUACCUAUAAGAAGAAUGCGGUCACGUUAAUCUUUACACUGACUGCCUCGCUGGUGCUCCUGCUGGUUUCUGUCAAGCUACAGCAGUGUCGGCGACGAUUGCUAAGAAAAACAAGUGGAGAAAUUGCAGGAAGCACUAGCCGGAGACUUGCAGAAGGUGGCCAUGAAGACAACUGUACUCGGGAAGUACGUGCUCAAACGGUAGGUAGUGAGGAAUUCGUUGUUCGCAGGCUCAUGCGAUUCCGUUGCUCAGGAGGGUGUGGGAGAUCAACCGGUCGAGAGCUAUCUGUGUGUGCUGAGGACUAUAAGGCACAGGUCUUGGAGGCGAUUGUGGAGGCUGGGACACUGACAGGAUAUUGGAUUCGGAGGGCCUCAAGGACAGAAGGACAGCCGGCAUGCGUCACUUGCACCAAGUGUCCAUUCAGCAAUCAAUGCCUUCGUCACAAGCCUUCAGGGGGGAUCCACUGCGUGUGUCUUGAGGCAUCAGGAGCAUGCGUUUGUCGUGACAGACACAGUGGCGAGGUUCCAUAGUGAGAAACGGCGUGGGGAAUCUGGAGGAGUGUCGUACGCUGGCUGAGUUUCAUCUUUGAUCGGUGCCAUCAACGCCAAAAACAAGUGAUGCCAUGCAUCAUCCGACUGAGUCAAGACUACUAACGUGACGUGUCAACAAGCCCUGUUCGUCAUCAGUGACCAGUGCUAUCGGAAGUGACAUUUCGUUAUUGAUCCUGAGUAGCAACGUCAUAGUCGUAGUCGCUGCGGCGGUAAACGCACAUUUGACCUUAGUGCUCGUGUGGCCUGCGAUCUUGUCGCCUCUACGUUUCGGCAAGCCUGGAGAGUCCAAGCAGCUGCUCGCGAGCUAUCCAUGGAACGACAUGCAUGGCGGUGGAAGGUGUGGCCAACAUCCUGUAGGCAGUUGACAAGUGUGUGCAAAUGGAUUUGUUGGGCACGACCCUUGAACUGAGUGAAGAUUUUCAGGUAUGUUUCUGCUCCAAACGAGAAAUGGCGACGGAUGGAAGAACGGGACGACAAAAGCAGUUCGUUGCUGUGGGUGGGGGGAUUGUGCGGCUCUCUGUGCAGCAGACAUUGGAGGACGUAUUGCAGGACGGGAGAAUGUCACACUGUGAGGAAAGGUGGAGUAUGCUCUGGCGGUGCAAUGUGACGUCGCACGUCCACUCAGAGAGGUUUGCGCAGACGUUUUUGAGGUGAGCGUCGGAGUUGUGGCAUUGUGUGCUACAUGCCUCCUUGAUGGCGUAAUCGUCGACGUGAGCCUUUAUGCAGCACUCUGAAAGGUGGGGCGGUACGACUCAAGUGAGACACGAGGCGACUGGUACACUCAGACAAUUCAUGACGGGGGCGUCUCCGUAGGGUGGCCGAUAUUGUUGCUGUACUCAUUUCUUGUUCAGUCAUCGGCUGUAAGCGCUCAACAGUUUGAUGUCGAUUGCUAAAGACCAGUUUCGAACUGCGUGCGAAUGUACUGGGCGGUUGCCGACAACUCUGAGAGAUGUGCGGCUACUGCGUUUCUAUGAAGUAGGCAUCGCCACCGGCUGAGUGGUGGUAGGGGCGCUGGAACGAAAAGGGCUGGUGGAUGUGCGGCGGAUGUGGCGCCGGACGACUUGCUUCAACGAUGACGCCGUCAUCCCAUCGUUUUAUCGAAAAAAGACGCACGUGCAGAGCCCUCGUGCCGGGGGAUGUGUUACAUGUUUGAUCGGCCAUGUGCAUGGCGCGUCCACCCGAUGGGCGUAUAACUUGUCAGAGUCAAGAACACCAUGCCGUCGUUUCGAACAACACAUGCAUUUCAUACAUUGUGGCGAGAGAACACUCGGUUUCGCAGAACCAAGAGUGGACCUUACAGCUGCUUGUGAGUCUUGUCUAGCUCUACAUCACUUUUUCAACCUUCACGUUUCGUUGGGAUGCCUCUUAUUUCCGUUGUGGUUCCAACCGCUGGAGCGGAAUCGCGCCAAGGCUGGUGUGCCACGCGCCACCCGUUCGGAUUUUUGCUGAAAGUCAGCACCGAUGGUGUUGCUAGGCUGACACCGUUUUAAUACGCAACUUCACAACAGUGAAUUUUAUGUUGAUAGGCGGAGACGUUCUUGUAUUUAAUGAGGAACGGCG